AUGGCAGCAGUCAACGGCUCAUCGAGCAACAUCCAGGGCGUGCCCACGCACGUCAAGAGCAUCUGCUGUAUCGGUGCGGGCUACGUCGGUGGCCCCACUUGCUCCGUCAUCGCGCUCAAGUGCCCCCACAUCAAAGUCACCAUCGUCGACAUCAACCCGGUGCGAAUUGCGGCGUGGAACUCGGACGUGCUUCCUGUCUACGAGCCGGGGCUGGACGAGGUGGUUCGCGAGUGUCGCGGUCGCAACCUCUUCUUCUCCACAGACGUCGAUGCUGCGAUCAAGGAAGCGGAUUUGAUCUUUGUCUCGGUCAACACGCCCACCAAGACGUCCGGUGUCGGCAAAGGUUUUGCUGCCGACCUGCACUACGUCGAGGCAUCGACGCGACGCAUUGCCUCGGUUGCCACGAGCAGCAAGAUCAUUGUCGAGAAAUCGACGGUUCCCUGUCGAACUGCCGCGAGUAUGCGAACCAUCUUGGAGUCCAACUCGACCUUUGCGGCGGAUGGGACGCAAAUUUCGUUCCAGAUCCUGUCCAAUCCCGAGUUCCUAGCGGAGGGCACUGCGAUUCGGGACCUGUUUGCGCCGGAUCGCGUGCUGAUCGGUUCGCUCGACACCCAACAGGGCAAAGCGGCGGCCAACGCGCUCAGCGAGGUAUACGAGAACUGGGUCGACCGAUCCAAAGUCUACCAAACCGGUCUUUGGUCUUCGGAGCUCUCCAAGCUCGCCGCCAACGCCCUCCUCGCCCAACGCAUUUCGUCGAUCAACUCGCUCGCUGCGAUCUGCGAAGCCACCGGUGCCAACGUCGACGAAGUCGCCCACGCCUGCGGUCUCGACGGUCGAAUCGGGAACAAGUUCCUCAAGGCCUCGGUCGGUUUUGGCGGCAGUUGCUUCCAAAAGGACAUUUUGAACUUGGUCUACCUCUCCGAAUCGCUCGGUCUCAAGGAGGUCAGCGACUACUGGCAUCAGGUGAUCAAGAUGAACGAGUACUCCAAGGAGCGUUUUGCCCGCAAAGUCGUCUCGACGCUCUUCAACACGAUCACGUUCAAGAAGAUCGCCGUGCUCGGUUUCGCGUUUAAGAAGGAUACGGGCGAUACGCGGGAAGCGGCGGCGAUCACGUUGUGCAAGUACUUCCGCCAGGAACGCGCCUUCAUCGCCAUCUACGAUCCCAAGGUCACCACCAACCAAAUCAUGCUCGAUCUCACCGAGCCCGGCGUGGUCGACGACGCAGAGGCUGUCAGGAAGCAGGUCAGGAUCGCCACCAGCAUGCAGGACGCCUGUGACGACGCAGAGGCCGUCAUCAUCUGCACCGAAUGGGACGAGUUCAAGAACGCUUCUAAGCAGGAAUGGGAGGCUAUUUACAAGGCGAUGAAGAAACCCUCGUUCCUGUUCGAUGGACGAGGAAUCGUGGAUACCAAGAUGCUCCGCGAGGUCGGGUUCAAGGUGCACGCCGUAGGCAAGGGCCCCGUCAUCGUAGACCCCGUUUGGGCUUAG